CCCGAUCGCAUUACCACCAGCGACUUCAUCACUGUUGUUCGUGUUCUUAAUCAUAUGCUAUGGGAUGUUGAAGGGAUUACUUGCUCGAGUUGUCGCAGAACCCAUUGCUCAGAGGAGGUUUGAUACAAUACUAGAGCCAAUAUGCAAGAACAAACGGAAACUAGGCCUCGCCAUCAGUGGUGGGGUCGACUCCAUGGCUCUGGCUUCUCUAUGCAAGCACGUACGCAUAUUUAAUAUGCCGCCUGUUACUGCCUUCAUAGUUGACCAUCGCCUGCGAUCUGAAAGCACUAAAGAAGCAGAAUCUGUGGCGAAGCUGCUUGGAACACUUGGUAUACAACACAAAAUCUUGACUCUCGACUGGAAGGACAUUCAGAAUCCAGCUAAACUUUCAAAUCUUGAAUCGGUCGCUCGCAGAAUGAGGUUUAAAGCUCUCGGAAAAGCUUGCGCUGAUGCCGACAUUGAAGCCCUUUUACUUGCCCAUCAUGCAGACGAUCAAGCAGAGACGGUAUUAAGCAGGAUACGUGAGGGAUAUUUGGGUACAGGUCUCGCUGGAAUCUCUCCUAGAAGUCCAAUAGGGGAGUGCCACGGCAUGUACAGAGUUUCCAGAUCUGGCACUCCCAGAGACCUUCACCAAGCAAAACGUGACACGCCUGUCUUCGCCGAGUCUGGAGGAGUCGUCAUAUAUCGUCCACUGCUUGACUUCACCAAAGCAGAACUAGUUGCCACCUGCGAGACAAGAAACAUGAAAUGGCACGAAGACGCGACGAAUGCCGACAGAACUCUGACUUCUCGUAACGCAAUACGACAUAUGCUUCAAUCUAGAGCCAUGCCAGCAGCUCUGAGCUCAGAUCAUCUAAGGAGACUGGCUACACAAUCUCGAGCCAACCUUGACGCGUCUGAGGAAACAGCUACAGAAAUGUUCAAGCUCUGCAAGGUCGAACUCGAUAUUGUUACUAGUUCAGUUUCAUUCACGAUUGAUCCGAGCAUCGAAAGCUGGCUGCACCGUGAGACAAGUCCACAGCUCACAGCGGCAAAACUUGUGCGCAAGUUCUUCUCGCUCUCAGAGGACAGUAGCAAAGUCACGUUCCAAAAUCUUGCCAAGUCAGUCGCGUUUCUGUUUCCAUCCAUUAUGGAGAACAAGCUGCAGACAAAUACUUCUGUUGUUCACCUCGGAUACGUCGGUCUGCGCAGAGCUCCAUCAACCCAGAGACAUGGACUUGAUGAUCAUAGCAAGUUCAUCAUCUUCCCAAGACCGGUCCAAAAUCCAGCAGACUUCGCGAAACCCCUCCUGGAAGUAACCGAGAGCACACAGAGCACCUCCAGAGAGCCUCGUUGGACCGAGACACACAUUUUCCACGACCGAUGGUGGAUCAGACUUCGAUACGUCCCAGCCGAUGUCACAGUGGGUACAUGCGUUAUGGUUAGAUUCUUGUGCAAACGUGAUAUUGCAGCGCUCCGACGCAACGACGCACCACUGUCUACAUAUGCACCGGGGAACAUUCGCUACUCAAUACCUGCUAUCGUAGAGGUGAUUCAGACUAAGAACAAAAGGGGCGGAACGAGUACGAAGGAGAGCAUUAUGGCCCUGCCGAGUUUGGGGUGGACACGUAAGGGGCAAUGGCUUUCCAAGAUUACUGUUGUUCCCAUGCGAUUCACUUGCCGCUACAAAGACGUCGAGUUCUCCACGAGCGAGAAUCAUACGGUUAAACUGAGUCCACUAAGCACUGCGCACCUGGACUCAGAAUCUACGUUAAUUCCUCCUAUUCCGAACGAGCUUUCGAGCGCCGAAGGACACUGCUGAGCUCGAGAUGAUUGAGCUGAGAUUCGCGAGCAGCUAGAUUGCGCUGUAUACGAAUGAGAGAAAAUAGCUUUCCAGGAACGGGCAGGUCUCUUUCGGCCCCAGGUACA